AUGGUUUUUGCAUCCGAGAUGGUGGGAUGGGAAGACGGUCUGGCCUUUCAAGGUUAUACUGAUAGAUUUCGUGCCUACCGCAAAGCAUUCCAACCAUCUUUUGGGUCUGAGUCAGCUGUCGCGCAAUUUAACUCGCUUCAAGAGAAAGAAGUGCACCGCUUCUUGUUACGAGUACUCCGAGAGCCAAAGGACUUUAUCCAGCACAUCCAAACGGAAGCAGGAGCUGUUAUUUUGAACAUCGCCUAUGGCUACACAAUUGAGCCAUUUCAUCGCGAUCACCUAGUGCAAAUUACCAAUCUGGCGCUAGAUCAUUUUGCCAAAGCCGCGACCCCUGGAACUUGGAUGGUUGAUAUUAUCCCAGCGUUGAAACAUCUGCCCUCAUGGCUUCCAGGAGCAGGCUUCAAGCGUAUUGCCCAAGCCUGGAGGGAGCAACUGCUAGGAAUUGCAGAUAGGCCCUAUGCAUUCGUCAAGGCACAGAUGGACAGUGGCAAGUACAAGCCAUCAUACUUGUCUAACAUAUUCAACACGCACGGAGUUCCCGAGCCUGGAUCGGAGGGGGAAAUCGUCGCAAAAUGGACUGCUGCGUCACUCUACACUGGCGGUGCUGAUACGACUGUGUCAUCGAUGGAAUGUUUCUUCCUCGCCAUGGCCUUAUAUCCUGAAGUCCAACGCAAAGCACAAGAUGAAAUUGAGCGAGUUCUGGGACCCGGCCGCCUUCCGAAAAUGGCAGACCGUCCCAGUCUCCCUUACAUCAAUGCUAUAGUCAAAGAGGUACUGCGGUGGCAUCCCGUUGCACCUAUGGCAAUUCCUCAUAUGUCAACUGCGGAUGACAAUUGCGGAAAAUACUUCAUUCCUAAGGGCUCUAUUAUUAUGCCUAAUAUUUGGGCUAUGAUGCAUGACCCGACAACCUACAACGACCCGAUGGCGUUCAAGCCUGAACGAUUCCUUGAAACAGAAGGACACGUUCCGGAAAUGGACCCUCACUCCAUCGCCUUUGGAUUCGGGCGUCGCAUAUGUCCCGGUCGCUUCUUGGCGGACAACACAGUCUAUCUGAGCGUAGCACAGAGCCUGACAGUUUUCGAUAUAAGCAACGCUACGCAAGAAGGAAUCGCCAUAACAAAGAGCCCGAAAUUUGAGCCGGGUGUGAUUAGCCAUCCCACCCCAUUCCAAUGUUCGAUCGCAGUUCGUGGUCCGUCUGAGGAGGCACUCAUCUUGUCUGUUGAGCAAGAGCACCCAUGGGAACCAAGUGAUGCAUCCGACCUCGAGAAAGUUGGGUAUAAAAUCGACACUUCUGUACCGGAUAAGAUCUCAUCUAGAAGAUGA